AUGAAACUACUCACCACUCUCGCAGCCCUCGUGGCCACAGCAUCAGCCUUCGGCUUCCAGAAGCCCAUCGGCGCCCGGCGCUCUUACAGCGCCCACCAGAAUGCGUUGGUCCGCCGGAGCAGCAGCACCGACUACCCGCCGCAUACCAUAGACAUGCCCAUCGAUCACUUUCCCAACGAAACCCGCUACGCGCCACACACGAACGCGACGUUCAAACAACGCUAUUUCUUCGACUCCACCUACUAUAAACCGGGAGGACCGGUGUACUUGUACAUUGGUGGUGAGACGGCGGCGGAGAACCGCUUCGCCAACUUGGAAACGGGUAUCAUCAAGAUCCUUAUGCAAGCGACCGACGGCCUUGGCGUGAUCCUCGAGAACCGCUACUACGGCGACAGCUAUCCCUUCGACACCACUACGACAGAUCAACUCCGCUUUCUGUCCAACGAGCAGACCAUCGCGGAUAAUGCCUACUUCGCUCAGCACGCUACUUUCCCAGGUGUGAACAGCACACGCUCCCUCAACUCCGACGCAACGCCCUGGAUCCUGUACGGCGGAAGCCUAGCAGGCGCGCAGACGGCUUUCAGCGUGAAAACCUACGGCGACAUCCUCUGGGGCGGUAUAGCUAGCAGCGGCGUUACGAAGGUUACAUUGACGUACCCCGAAUGGUACGACCCGAUCCUCAAAUUCGGCCCGCAGGACUGCGUAAGCAGCAUCAACGCUAUAGUAGCCAAUAUCGACCACGUCUUCGCCACUGGGAACCGAACAGCUGUUCAUGUCAUGAAAGCUGUCUUUGGCCUUGAGGCCUUGACGGAUGAUAGAGAUUUCGCCAUGACUAUCGCGUUUCCACUAGGUGGACCGAUGAAUUACCCGACGAAUACUUGGCAGGAAUUGAAUUGGGAUCCCGAGCAGGGGAGUAGUGAUUUCUGGUAUUUUUGCCGUAACGUCUCCAGUCUCGACGCACCGCAUAACAUUACCCAGGUCGAUUACUCGCUCGCCCAGUACACUGGUGGUGAGCCGUGGAUCAAUCUGGGAAAAUACGCGAAUUAUAUCAAGCAAUACCUUAUCCCCAUCUGCGACGGCGCACCCAUAAACAGCGUCGAAUGCUUCGGCACGCAGAACGCGAGUUACUGGGCUAACACCACGAACUCUGGCACACGCUCGUACUUGUACACCACCUGCACGGAGGGAGGAAUCUAUCAGGUCGGACGCCCUGCACCUGGGCCGAGCUUGCUGAGUAGGGUUAUCCGUGCGAAUUAUACGCAGCAGUGGUGUACUUGGGCAUUUCCUCCUGGGGAGUAUAAUAGCAUUCCGAGCAGUCCGGAUCUGGAGAGGUGGAACAAGUAUGGCGGGUAUAACGUCAAUGCCCCGAGAUUGGCGCAUAUCGAUGGUGAUCAGGAUGUGUGGAACUAUCUUUGUUACCACUCUCCUUAUGCAGGGCCCAGGUACUCCCUCAGCCUGCCGGAAGAGGAGCUGCACCCUCAGCUCCUCAUUGCCGGGGCUGGGCAUCAUUGGGAUAGCUACGGGCUGGGCAGCCUAGCGAAUGUCAGUAGUGAGCCACAGUUCAUCCGCGAGGCGCAUUUGUGGGAGAUCAGGAGUGUGCAGCGGUGGUUGAGAGAGUGUGAGUGACGCACGUGCUUUGAUGAACUAAUCGAUGUAGUAGCUGACGAUUUGCAGGGAAUGCCAGGAAGGCCUAG